AUGACGCCGCACAGCUUGACGGACAAGCAGCGGCGCCAGCGCCUUGAAGCCCUGCAACUUUACUUGAACGAGCCUGAACCGGUCCUCAUCUGCCGGCCUUGCGGUUACGCAUUGAAGCCGUUCGGGGAGCGCGUAAGCCGCCACCUGGCUGAGAAACACGACGUGCCAAAGCCGCAACGCCGUGGGCUGAGCGCGCUGGUGAAGUCCCUGCAGCUUGGGGACCCGAACGACGUCGCUCCCCGUCCUGACGGCCUCCCGCCGCACGGUGCACUAACGGUCACCCGCGGCCAUGCCUGUCGUCACUGCAGCUAUCGGACGGCAAGCGAUGACCUGGUCUGCCGCCACCUCUCCAAGGCACACGGCAUCAAGGACUCGCGGAAGGCGGACGGCUGGCAACGGGACCAUAUCCACAGCGGUGUCCUACUCCAAAGCUGGUCACAGAAUGGUGCGCGGGGCUACUGGAUAGCCCAGUCCACUACGACAGGGUCGCUGCCGCCCUGCGAGACAGGUACGCCUGAUGCUGACGACGCGCCCGCUGCCGAACAGGCCCUGCUUGCCGCGGCGCAUGAUGCGGAACGAGCUCACCUCGCCAGCGGUCUCCGCGCCACCGCCACCGCCACCGCUACGGGCCCUGUCGAUAUGGCGUUCCAAACAGGCUGGAUGCGUCGCACCGGCUGGGAUCUUAUGUUCGACGGUGCCCGCCGCGACUUCCUCGUGAAGAUGUCGGAGCUGCCGGCCGUCGGCCCGGACGCCUGGGACGCCGAGGACGACAUGCCCUCUGUAAGCACCCCAGAGGACGAAGCCCGGUUACAACGUAUCAUGUCGGCCGUGGACGGCGUCUUCGACCGUUGCGAGGAUACGAUACGGUCUAUGGACGUCUCCAUGCGCUGCUGGCUCCGCAGCUCAGAGCCCUACCGGCCGUACAAGGCCCCAUUCGAGCUGGUCAGCCGGCAGGCCACCACAUACAAGUACCGCCGCCUGGUGAAAAGGCUUCUGUGCUUCUGUGUGCGGCUGUGGCGUCUUCCCCUAGGGACGCGGCUGUGGCAGUGCCGGAGAUCCCUCACCAUCGCUCAAUCGCGCGCGCUUGAGGCACUAUUAUGCAGACAGCUGCCGUGUGAUGCGUACGACAACAAGGACGAGGACAAGGGGGAUGCCAUCUGCUCAAACUCCUAG